UGACAUGAAUGAUUAAUUUGAGUGGUUAAAGCAUGAAGUCACUGUUGCCUCAAUGAAUAAUCUGAUCACAAUGGCUCAAGUCAAACUGCACAACUUGUUAAAGGUGUAAAUAACUUUAGUUUUCUCUCACAGGGCCCCAUUCCAGGCAUGCCCAGAAGCCUAUCAUCAUCAACAAAACACAGACUCUUCUCCUUAACUUUCCUUUCCCUUUAACUCCAUGUCUUGUUUGUAACUGUUCUCAAAAAGGACAUGAGCUUCAAAAUCAUCUGGUUGGUUCUCUGUUUAUAUUUCUCUCCCUCUGUGCAUAGCUCAAACAACUACACUACAAAUUCUUUGGAUGAAUAUCUUCAGGAUUUUGCUUUCAAAACUUUGGUUCAUCACCGGCCUCAUCAUUCGGGCGCUCUAUACAAACCAAUUCUCCCAGCUGAAUUGGCGGGUACGAGAGUAUCGAUUGUAAGGCUCAGAAGCAGGAGGCUAUGGAACAUUGGUGCUAAUUUUAGCAACAUUCAUAUCCCAUCAAGAACCAUAACAGAGCCUCAUGCCAGAAGACUGGCUAUAGUCUACCAAGACUUUGGCAACUGGUCUUCGCAUUACUACAGUGUUCCAGGUUACUCAAUGGUCACUCCUGUGAUUGGAUUCAUGGUUUUCGAUGCUUGGAAUAUACAGGCUAAAAGAAAGCUUGAUCUCAAUACCAUGGGAAGGCCUAUAGUGAUUCGUUUCUUGGAUUCAUCGUUGUCCGAUGAAAGGGUAUCAAGAGCAAAAUGUGUAGCAUUUAGCAGUAAUGGGACAGUUCAUAUGAGUGAAAUGAGUGUGCCCAAUGUUUGCAAAUCUCAAGAUCAGGGUCAUUUCUCCAUCGCUGUUCCAUUGAAUCUGAAGAAGAAGAAGAAGAAGAAGAAGAAGAAUGCUAUGUGGUAUUUUUGGGUGAUUGGGUUUGGGCUUGGAUUUGGUGGGUUGAUUUUGAUAGGUUAUGUUGGAAUUUUGUCAAUGAAAGUUCGGAAGACACAAAAGAUUCAAGUAAUGGAGAGACAAGCUGAUGAAGAUUUGGUACUAAAUAGCAUAUGGGUCGGUAGCAGCAAAAUGCCUUCUGCAACAGUGACAAGAACACAACCAACCAUUGAGGAUGGAGGUUUACCAUAGUACCUUAUUUCCAUUAUAUGAAAUUUCAUUUUAGCUUUAUGUUGCUGUCUGGACAAUCAGAUCAAUAUAUCUAUAUCUAGGGUUGCCGUCAUUAAAACAUAUUAUACAGCAAUGUGAUACUUGAAUUCAGAUUUGCAUGAGCUAUA